CAGCAGCAACAGAAGCAUGAAGACGUUGAAUGAGCCUGCCGAUCAGCUGAAAGAGGUUUUCUGAGAGCCAGAGCCGGUCUGCAGCAGAGCGAGUCGCCCUCGGUCCAGAGCUGUAGGUGGAGAGGAGAUUCAGAGCAGAGGACUUCCUGACAGGUGCACCUGCCAGACGGAGAGCAAGACAUAAAUUCAUCCGGAACGACUUUUUUAACUGGGGAUCAACUACGUUGAACCAAACCGCAGGAGCAAAAUGACAGCUGCCAUAAAGCUUCUGGAUGAAAUGUGCCACCUGACAGCCCAGUCUCUGAUUCCCAUGGACACAUCAGAGCACUUCAAGGUUCUAAAACUCCUGGGUGAGGGCUCGUACGGGAAAGUCAUGCUGGCUUUACACAGGAAGAGAGGCACGCCGAUGGCUCUGAAAUUCUUCCCUCGCGAGUCCACGUCACUUUUCUCCUUCCUGAGAGAGUAUAACCUCUCUCUGUCAUUCUGCACACACCCAUCCCUGACGAGAGCUCUGGGAAUCGCCUACUCCACGCCUUCACACUACGUCUUUGCUCAACAGGCCAGCCUGUUCGGUGAUCUCUACGACGUGAUCCUGCCUGAGGUGGGUGUGGAGGAGGACUGCUGUCAGCGGGUGGUGGCACAGCUUUGUGGCGCGCUGUCCCACCUGCACACGCUCGGCUUUGUCCACAGAGAUGUCAAGCCGGAGAAUGUCUUCCUGUGCGACUCUGCCUGCCGUUGGGUCAAACUGGGAGACUUUGGCAUGGUCAAGGCAACAGGAACCAGGGUCCCCGAGGUCUGGUACAGCUCUCCUUAUUGCCCCCCUGAGGCCGAGAUAGCUCGAGGAAACCAGGACAGCUGGAGCAGCAUAAAUGACAAGGACAGUGGCUUCAAGGAGAAGGAAGAGCAGAAGAAGAAGGCGAGAGUCUGGGGGUCUGUGGAGCCCAGCACAGACAGCUGGGCGCUGGGCAUCCUGACGUACGCCAUGCUGACCGGCAGCCACCCCUGGGCUGAAACGGCCAGCGACUGCCGAGCAUACCUGAAAUAUCAAGAAUGGUUUGACAGGUGUACAGGCCCGAAUGGCGAAUUAGACUUGUGGGCAGAGCCAGAAAAUGAUUCAAGCGAAACAGGACUGAAUAAGGAGAACUUUCCUGUUGCGCCACAGUUUGCAUGUUUUACCCCGCUGGCUUGUUCCUUCUUCCAGUCGCUUCUCGACCCCAGGCCAAACCUACGCAGUCGACCCGAGGAUGUGCUGCGUUUCCUCGGAGGGGACUGGAUAACAGAGAACGAGAGGCUGAGGCUGAAAGAGGAGAGGAAGAAGAGUAGAGGGAAAGGAACUCUCAGGAAUGUGAAAGAGAUGGAGGGGAGAGGACAGCGUUAAGAAAAUACAACAGAACAAAACAACAGUGGUGAGCUGCUGGUUCGCUUUGUAUCGACGGGUUUAUUUUCCCAAACUUUUUAAGAUUUCAGGACUGUAAUUUACUGAGAAAACCUGAAAUGAAUUGCUUCAUUAGACGACAGCAAACUUUCAUUUCAGUAUUCUGUAUCAAGUGAAAGUGAAAUAAACCUUCACGGCCUUGUGGUUCUUUGCUUACGCAACAGUCUGUUGAGUCACUAAAAGCAGCACUUCAUCAAAACAGGUUGAGAGGAGGCUUUAGACACCAGCCCAUCUUUAUUUAAAAAUGGAAAACACGACUUCUCUGAAAGGUGCACUACACAUCUGGUUGAUCAACAGCAAUACCAAUGAUGGAUUAAGUUAUGCUGUUGUUGCUGAACACCCCGAUAUGAAUUAAACAGUUGUUCUCUAAUGAAAUGUAAAUUUUAAAGUUAAUACAUAACCGUAUGAACUGGCGGAAACACUUUUCUUACAUGCAAUAAUGUACUUAAAAGGUACUUUUCCUGAAUUGCAUGUAAAGACAGCACUGCUUAUUCUCAUGUAAACUGUGCCCCCUGAUGCCACAAUAAAUUAAGUCAUUGUCCUGAUUCUUGAUAACAUCAAACAUCAGUUUGACAUCAAGUUUACCUGAAAAGCUUGUACGUCUAUUCAACAUUUGGAAGGAAAUUAAACCAGUUAUGGCAGGAGCUAGAUGGAGGGAAAUAAGAAAAAGUCACCUCCUGCAUGUUUAACCUCUUCAAACAUUUAGGAAAGCGGCUUUGUAAAAAUCCCCCUUGUUAAAUGGAAAUGACAUGGUUUAUGGGAAAUCGGUCUUUUGGGAAAAUGUGGCUGUGGGAGUUCAGCAGCUGUUCCGACUUCUCAAACAAAAAUUAAAGUGUUUUCAAAACAGUUGCUCGUAUCAGAUUAAAAUGAACGUGGGGAAAUCAUGUAUCAGCAGCUGCAGCGCUGGUGAUUGUCAGUGUUUAGAGCUGCAGUGCUAUCGUGUCCUUGUAAAAGAUACCGUCUUUAGCACGCUGCCGCUAUAUUUGUCUCUACGCUCUACAGUGUAUCAUACGUAAUCGUAGGCUGUGAACUGGAUUUAGACUGCACUAGUGCCUUGUAAUAAACCUGUCUGAGGUCAAGUUUAAAAAGACCACACCAGGGUUUUUCUGACUUUGGGUAAAAAAAGAGUAAAAAAAAAAUCUGCAGAUGAUUGUUCGUAAAAUCCUUUUGGUCUGAGUCUCCAUUAAGAUCUAUAAGAAGAACACGCUUCACUGAGAAAGAAGGAAUAAGUGUUUAACUUUUAUUAGAUGUGAUGAUUGUAUAAUAAUUAAGAUGCUAACUGUUAGUAUUUUAUAUCAAACUUUAAAUACAGUGUGGUCUUUUGUAUAGUUUAAUGUUUCUUAUAAGCUGCAAAACAUACUUUUGCAUCUACUGUGCUGUUAUUUCAUGCCUGCAAACUAAA